AUGCAGUCACCCAAGUUCGUAUUGUGUCUCAUAGCCAAGUUCUGGAAUGCCAAGAUUGUUCUGACAGGUAACCCGGCCUACCAACUGGGUCAUUCGUCUCCGAAGUGGAUGGUCAUCACGCGCAACUUGGAGUUGCUUAAUUCAGCCAAGGUGUCCCAGUUGCCAAACAGAUCGUACUACCGAUACAUGAACGUCCAGCGGUUCGAUACCGGCGACCGAAUCAACGAAUUGGUAGCUAAACUGAUGGGAAUACGUGCCAGGUUAUCCGAAAACACCGUCAUCUCGGCCAGUUACCAGGAGUUCCAGAUCAAGAGUAUGCUCAAACAGGACUUCCCGAAAGUCCUUAUCAAACGCUCGGAGGGGAUUCAGCUAUUCUACGACUCUCGGGAUUCGCACAUGAAUUAUCUUAUAUCGGCGCAACGUUCGUGCCCGUACAGCGUGUGUACGAAAUGUGGUAGAUUCUACAUUGAACCCACGGAAGAUGACAGCAGGCCCCGACUCACCGAGUCCCGGAGAGCCAGGUUACGCCUCAACUGCAAUUGUUCGGGCAUGAAUAUUAUCCAGCAAGUCCGAGAUGAACGUCCGGAAGACAAAGUUAUCUCCAGGGCCAACAAGGCGUGCCCAGCAUUCAAUAUUGCUAAAGACAUG